ACAGUUAGCUCUAAACACGGGUAGUAGGUCGCAUUCUCACUAUAGAACUGGGUGUGUAUAAUUGAACACAAACAACAUGAUGCUAAGAAGAGGCUUAUCUAAAUUGUCGGUUUUGCGUAUGAGCACUGUUGCCCAACCUGUUAGAAACCCGAAUAUUGAAUACGCCCAGGUCUGUAUUUAGCUCUUAUUCGUGUCAAGUUAACAAAAUAUUUAUAAACAACUUAACAGUUUGUUGGUUUAUACAGCUGUUUAUUAACAAUCAAUUCGUCGAUGCUAAAAGUGGUAAAACCUUUGAUACUAUUAAUCCAUCGUCUGGCGAAGUUAUUGCACAAGUUGCCGAGGGAGAUAAGGUAAGUCCUCAAUAAAGAAUCAUCUUUCUAAGAAGACAAUUGUCCGCCAUUGUCCUGUUGUGUAUUCUAGGCCGAUGUUGACCUUGCUGUUAAAGCCGCUCGUAAAGCAUUUGAAUAUGGAUCGGAGUGGCGCCGAAUGGACGCUUGCGAAAGAGGUUAUUUAUUGUCGAAGCUUGCCGAUCUCAUCGAACGCGAUAGGGUACUCUUAGCUUCUCUUGAGACCCUUGACAAUGGCAAAGCCUUCAACACAGCCUAUUCAACCGAUCUACACUUAGUCUUGCAGUGCUAUCGUUAUUAUGCUGGUUGGGCUGAUAAGAAUGUGGGUCAGACCAUACCUGUUUCUGGUGAUAUCUUUGCCUAUACGCGUCAUGAGCCAGUUGGUGUUUGUGGCCAAAUUAUACCCUGGAACUUUCCACUUCUUAUGCAAGCUUGGAAACUUGCCCCGGCUUUGGCAUGUGGAAAUACCAUUGUAAUGAAAGUUGCCGAGCAAACACCCUUAUCGGCUCUCCAUGUCGCCGCUUUAACGAAAGAAGCUGGCUUCCCUGAUGGUGUCAUAAACAUACUUUCAGGGUUCGGUCCAACUGCUGGAGGUGCUAUUGCCUCUCAUAUGGAUGUUGACAAAGUAGCGUUUACUGGUUCUACUGAAGUCGGACAACUUGUUUCCGAGGCCGCCGCCAAGUCUAAUUUGAAAAGAGUGACUAUGGAAUUGGGCGGAAAGAGUCCUAGUAUAAUUUUUGGUGAUGCUGAUCUCGAGAGCGCAAUAGCAACAAGCUCUAUGGGUCUCUUUUUCAAUCACGGUCAAUGCUGUUGCGCUGGUUCAAGAACUUUUGUUGAAGAAUCAAUCUAUGACGACUUUGUUGAAAGGAGUGCUGAAAUAGCGAAAUCUAAGAAACUCGGCGAUCCAUUUGAUCCAUCAACCGAACAAGGUCCACAAAUAGAUUUAGAGCAGCAAAAUAAGAUACUUAGCCUUAUUGAAAGUGGAAAGUCCGAGGGAGCUAAAUUGGUCGCUGGAGGUGCUAAAGCAGGAGAUAAAGGAUAUUAUGUUCAGCCUACAGUUUUUGCCGAUGUCACUGACGAUAUGACAAUUGCGAGGGAAGAAAUUUUUGGACCAGUUCAACAAAUUAUCAAAUUUAAAACGGACAAAGAAUUAAUUGAGAGAGCAAAUAAGACAAUUUACGGUUUAGCCGGAGCAGUCUUUACUAAAAAUAUUGACAGAGCAUUCACAAUUGCAAACGGCUUAAGAGGUGGAACCAUUUGGGUUAACAGUUAUAACAAGUUUGAUGCAACGAUGCCAUUCGGUGGAUACAAGAUGAGUGGACAUGGUAGGGAGCUGGGAGAAUAUGGCCUCAGGGCAUAUACUGAAGUGAAAUCGGUAUGUAUCCAAAUUCCCGAAAAGAAUUCAUAAACACAAAAUUGAAUAUAACAAGCAACGUAUUCUGACUCUCAUCUGGACAUCAGUUGUGAUUAACUAACUUGCCUAACACGAAAUUGAUUUUUUACGAUAAUCCUCGUUUUCUCAAAGAAUACAUUAGCUAACAAGUAAUACAGAAGUAAAAAAUGUCGCUGUUCAGCUUAUAAACUUAUAUAUAUAUAUAGAUUAAUAAGUAGUUUUCAAUAAAGACUAUUCUGAAAUGAAUUGAAACUUAUACUCUGUUUGCUGCUCG